AUGAUUGUAGUGGUCAUUAAUUACUCGGCCAUAACAACCGGCGUCGCGCAGCCUCUGGCUACAGCAGGCACCAUUAGUUUCCCAGCACACUGGGGCGUGGGCGUCGGGGGUGUGGCGCGGGGCGUGGGCGUCCCCGUGCCGCCCCCCGGCGACCUCCUCGCCACCAUCUCCAUGUUCGAGCAGCAGAUCAAGGCUGAACCUAUGAGUUUUUACACAUCACACUCUCAUGUGAAUACUGGCCCUCCAACUAUAGUCCGCACCGAUUCACAUGGCAUCAUCAGUAUGAACCAGCACCAUCCCCAGGAGGACUCAAAAGACAGCCUCAUAGUACAACAUCAAGUACAACACCAAGACCUGCUCGAUCAACAUCAGCAACAGGAUAUGCAACAGGAUGAUGAGGUAGAUAAUUUAAGUUUCAAAGGAAUGGAUGACGAUGGUGUUGAGAUGGACAUGGAUGGACGGCAAUGUUCACAGGGUAUGGGUGUUGACAUGGGAACAGUACAGACGAAGAUGGAAGUGUCUAAUGGCCAAGGGGUACCACGAUCUAAACCACAAGCAUGCAAGGUAUGCGGUAAAGUGUUGUCGUCCGCAUCCUCCUAUUACGUUCACAUGAAACUUCAUUCGGGCAAUAAACCUUUCCAGUGCACGGUAUGCGAUGCUGCAUUCUGUCGCAAACCAUAUCUGGAGGUGCAUAUGCGCACGCACACAGGCGAAAGACCAUUUCAGUGUGACCUUUGCCUCAAGCGUUUCACUCAGAAGUCCAGUCUCAACACGCACAAACGCGUCCACACUGAUGAGCACCUUCGGGCAUUGAUGGUGAAGGACCGGCCGUACAAGUGUGAGCUCUGUCAGAUGCGCUUCACGCAGAGUUCCAGCCUCAACCGCCACAAGAAAAUACAUACGGAGGAGCACAGACGAGCCCUGUUAGAGAAAGUGCGGCCGUACCAGUGCCACAUCUGUUUUAUGCGCUUCACUCAGAAGUCCAGCCUUGGCCGACAUGGAAAGAUACACACGGAGGAGCACAUCCAAUCGCUGAUCAACAAAGUGCGCCCCUAUCAAUGCGACAUCUGUGACAAGCGCUUCACUCAGAAGUCCAGCCUGGGCACCCAUAAGCGUAUACACACCGGCGAGCGGCCCUUCCAGUGCACCGUCUGCCUCAAGUCCUUCACGCAGAAGUGCGCCCUCAAUUUGCACGAAAAAAUACAUACGGUGCAAGGGCGUCCAUUCGCGUGCGGGCUUUGCCCGGCGGCGUUCGCCCGUCGCCCCUACCUGGACAUUCACAUGCGCACGCAUACAGGCGAGCGGCCCUAUCAGUGCGACGCGUGUCUGAAGCGCUUCACGCAGAAGUCCAGCCUCAAUAUACAUAGACGGACGCACACAGUCCAGGGCAGACCGUUCCAGUGCCUGUCGUGUCCCGCGGCCUUCACCUGCAAGCAAUACCUGGAGAUACACACGCGGACGCACACGGGCGAGCGGCCAUAUCAAUGCGACAUCUGCCUGAAGCGCUUCACGCAGAAGUCCAGUCUCAACAUUCACAAGCGGACGCACUCAGUGCAGGGGCGGCCUUUCCAGUGUCUGCAGUGUCCCGCGGCCUUCACCUGCAAGCAGUACCUCGAGAUCCACAAUCGCACGCACACGGGCGAACGGCCCUACCAGUGCGACGUGUGUCUUAAGAGAUUCGCGCAAAAGUCGACGCUAAACAUACACAAAAGAACGCACACAGUGCAAGGGCGGCCGUAUCAGUGCAUGGAGUGCCCGGCGGCGUUCACUUGCAAGCCGUACCUGGACAUACACAUGCGCACGCACACAGGCGAGCGGCCCUUCGAGUGCGAUGUCUGUUACAAACGCUUCACGCAGAAAUCCACCCUCAACAUUCACAAGCGCAUUCACACCGGGGAACGCCCCUACGCUUGUGAUAUCUGUCAAAAAAGAUUUGCCGUGAAGAGUUAUGUCACGGCUCAUAGAUGGUCUCACGUGGCGGACAAGCCGCUGAGUUGCGAGCGAUGCUCUAUGACGUUCACGUCCAAGUCCCAGUUCGCACUACACAUCCGUACGCACGCGGCCGGUCCCUGCUACGAGUGUAGUGUCUGCGGCAGGACCUUCGUGCGAGACAGCUAUCUUAUACGUCAUCAUAAUCGCGUGCACCGCGACAGCCAUAGCAACAUGUCGGCCAACAGCGGUGUCAUCAGCAACGCAGGAAAUGGAGGGAACAAUUCUAGCAACUACGAUUCGCCCGGCGUCUGUGACUUAAGCUUUGUCCCAAUGGUGAACCGAUACCUAACUUCUCAGGGUACGCAGGUGUCCCUCGACGGCACUACCAAGAUGUCCGCUAUGUCGCCUCAGUCCAUCGCAUCUAUUUCGUCCCCCCCUCCGUCGCACACACCCACGCCGCAACCCCAACAGAUGACGUCAGGGAUGCGACUUUCGGACUGA